AUGGUUGGCAUGCUAGAGCCCAACUACUGGAGACCAGUUAGAACACAACUAACACAACUAAAACAUAACCACAGAUCAAAUGAGCAGAGACUUACAGAUUGAAGGCUGGGGCCCAUCCGAUGGCUAUAGCGAGUAAUCCAAAAUGGAUAGAUGUCAGUCAGCUAGCGCACUAGCACUAAGCCAAGGUGGAAAAAGUUACAAAAAACUGGGCUAGCCUACUUGAACAUGCAAAAAAAAAAAAGACCACAUCCUUCACUGGCUUCAUCAAUAAGUGCAUCGACGACAUCGUCCCCACAGUACAGGCAACAUCUGCACUGAGCUAAAGGCUAGAGCUGCCACUUUCAAGGAACAGGACACUAAUCCAGACGCUUAGAAGAAAUCCUGCUAUGCUCUCCAACGAACCAUCAAACAGUCAAAGUGUCAAUACAGGACUAAGAUUGAAUCCUACUACACCGGCUCUGACGCUCGUCGGAUGUGGCAGGGCUUGCAAACUAUAACAGAUUACAAAGGGAAACCCAGCCGCGAGCUGCCCAGUGACGCGAGCCUACCAGACGAGCUAAAUGCCUUCUAUGCUCGCAUCGAGGCAAGCAUCACUGAAGCAUGCAUGAGAGCACCAGCUGUUUUGGACGACUGUGUGAUCACGCCCUUCGUAGCCGAUCGUAGUAAGACCUUUAAAUAGGUCAACAUUCACAAGGCCGUAGGGCCAGACGGAUUACCAGGACGCGUACUCCGAGCAUGCGCUGACCAACUGGCAAGUGUCUUCACUGACAUUUUCAACCACUCCCUGACCAAGUCUGUAAUACCUACAUGUUUCAAGCAGACCACCAUAUUCGCUGUGCCCAAGAACGCCAAGGUAACCUGCCUAAAUGACUACCACCCCGUAGCACUCAUGUCUGUAGCCAUGAAAUGAUUUUAAAGGCUGGUCAUGGCUCACCUCAGCACCAUCAUCCCAGAAACCCUAGACCCACUACAAUUCGCAUACCGCCCCAACAGACGAGAUGAUUUUCUCUUUCAUUUUGAGCCCAUGGCAAGAAGGCACCAGAGCCUGCAGUGCUAACGGGUUCCUGUGAAGAGCAUGAGGUGUGGCUAACGUUAGCCAGCUUGAGCUAGUUACCGAGCUAGAAUAUGAACUAGGUAACAAAAGUAGAUACUCCAUAUGAUGUUGAGAACAUAGUGCAUUGUGGGUAGUUCCGAAGAUAUCCGGAAAUAAGUUAAUAAAUAUGUAAAAACAUAAUUAUGUUUGUAGUUAUAGGUAACCAGAUCGUGACUACAACUAAGUUACUAAGUCUUUGACCACACUGUGCUGAUACUUUGGUGAGUAAAAAUGUAUGCUUCCUACCCUUUAAAAACAAUAUGCGGCCUCACGAGUGGCACAGCGGUCUAAGGCACUGCAUCGCAGUGUUGCGGCAUCACUACAACCUGGGGUUCGAUCCCAGGCUGUCUCACAACCGGCCAUGACCGGGAGUCCCAUAGGGCGGCGCACAAUUGGCCCAGUGUCAUCCGGGUUAGGGUAGGGUUUGGCCGGGGGGCUUUACUUUGCUCACCGCGCUCUAGCGACUCAUUGUGGCGGGCCGGGCACCUGCAAGCUGACUUCGGUCGUUAGUUGAAAGGUGUUUCCUCCAACACAUUGGUGCAGCUGGCUUCCGGGUUAAGCGAGCGGUUGUUAAGAUGCAGCACGGCGGGUCAUGUUUCGGAGGACACAAGACUCGACCUUCACCUCUCCUGAGCCCGUUGGGGAGUUGCAGCGAUGAGAUAAGAUCGCAAUUGGAUAUCACGAAAUUGGGGAGAAAAAGGGGGUAAAAAAUAAAUAAUCUAUAAACAUAUGCAAUGGAAAAGGAAAAUGUCGGUUUCUUAUUGGACAAGUUCAGAUAGUACCUCCCCGUUUUGGACUGUUUUCUUUCGUAUCAGGCUUAGUGAACACGACCCUUGCUUGUAGAAGACUGUUUUAACAGUAUUACCAACCGUUACCAACUGUAUCAGAGGACUGGCCUAUUUCUGUGUCAGAAUAUUAAAGUGAUUCCAAAGAUCCCACUUUGGCACUCACCAGGUCUAUGAGGACUUGGACUGCUUCAAAUUGAACGACACCCUGGAGGUCUAUGGGAUUAUCUCCGUCAACCCAGUCCUGAGUUUGCUGGGUGAAGAAAAGUAAGGCGCUUGAGUUUGUUUUAAAUAAGGUUAAUUUCAUUUUAGGUGUGUGUGAGUGUGUCCGAAUUGCUCACAUCAUUGUGUAUCCACACAGAGACCCCACAGAGAGAAUGGCGACUCCAGAGGAACAGAGAGCCCACGACCCCCCUGCUUCACUAGUGCCCCGUCUCCACAUGCUCUGCCCCCUGCAACACAACAACCCUCUACUGCCCUCUACUCCCACGGAGGACCAAAGCGCCUGUAAGACUAGUACACAUCACAAUAUACAUGUACUUGUAUUCACUGAGGGCAGUGCAAGUUUCCCACUGACAUCAAUUAAUGAUUUACACCAAAGUCUGAGUUGUGCACACUUAUCUCAACUCUGAAUUUGGCCCUGGGUGUAUGCUUUCUGAAACAAAUUGUGUCUCACCUUUUCAGUUGUAUCCUCUUUUCUGGUUGAGAUGGCAUCUGUAAAGGCAGAGCUGCUUGCUUACCUCACUCAUGUUCUUCUGGGAGACGGACUGGCUGCUGAGUACCUCAUACUGCACCUCAUCUCUAAUGUGUAUGUGUGCACUCCAUACACAGACGGAUGGUUUCCAAAACCCAGAUUAAGCCUAGUCCUGAACUAAAACCUUCAAUGGAGGCAAUCCAUUGAGAAUUAUUUUUAAUCCAAUAAUAGGCUUGAUCUGGGUCCUGGAAACCGGGACUGUUAUGUGGGCAGCUUGUCUCUCCCUUUUCUGUUUCCCUUCCUCCUUGUUUUGUCCCCUCUUUUUCUGUUGUAUGUGUGUUUGUCCCCUUUAUGUGGGUGUGUCUGGAGUGGAGCAGGGGGCGUGCUCAGGAUCUGCCUCUCCUGUGCAGCUGCGGGUUGUUUCCAGUGAUUCCUGCCUACGCAGCUGCAUCCUAUUCUCUCAUCAACCUGCACUACUUAUUCCCGGGCAUGGCUCUCCACCGGCGCCAGAUCGUUGUUCUUACCAGAGCGGUAACUUGGCUCACCAGUAAAGUUAUUUUGUCUUUGUCUUCAGCCUGGCUCUCCACUCUCCUUAACCUGUCGUUUGUUUUGUCUUCAGUUCAGACAUACCUCCCAACCUGCCUGCCUUCCUGCCUGUCGGUCUGCCUGCCUGCCUGCCUGCCUGCCUGCCUCAGCCUCUCCUUCCUCCGGAGCCGACUAGCCCACUCUGUUCCUUUACUUCAGUUGUUUUUGGACUAAGACAAUUUGAACUUUUAUUAAAAUAUUUUUGUUUCUUCCACUCCCUUUGUCGUGUUGGUUUCUCUGAGUGCUGGGUUGAACCAUAGCCAUAACAGAACGAUCUGGCCUCUGCCACCGGUCUUUCACCCUUCGAGGUUACCAUGGGUUAUCAACCCCCUCUGUUUCCUGCUCAGGAGAAGGAAUUGGCUGUUCCUUCGGUUCAGGAGAACCUCCGCCGCUGCCAGAGAGUGUGGAGCGACGCUCGGGAAGCAUUGCUUCGGACCACCGACAGGAACAAGACAACAGCGGAUAGGAGCAGGACUCCCGCACCUGUGUUUCAUCCUGGUCAAGAGGUUUGGCUGUCAUCUAAGAACGUACCUCUUCGUACCAAAUCACGCAAGCUGUCUCCUCGGUACCUGGGUCCGUUUGUGGUGGAGUCCAUUAUUAACCCCGCUGCGGUUCGUUUGAAGUUGCCUUCAGCCAUGAAGAUACACCCUACCUUCCACGUCUCCCAACUGAAACCUGUGUCCUCCAGCCUUUUGUGUCCGCCGGCUGAUCCACCUCCACCUGUUCGCCUCAUUGACGACCAUCCGGCCUACACCGUCAGUAGGCUCCUGGACUCUCGGAGGCGGGGUAGGGGUCUCCAAUACCUAGUCGAUUGGGAAGGUUAUGGACCAGAGGAGAGGUCUUGGGUCCCUAAGCGUUUUGUGUUGGAUCCUCAGCUGAUCACGGACUUCCAUCACGACAACCCUGACAGGCCUGGUGGGUCGCCAGGUGGCGACCAUUGAGGGGGGGGUACUGUUAUGUGGGCAGCUUGUCUCUCCCUUUUCUGUUUCCCUUCCUCCUUGUUUUGUCCCCUCUUUUUCUGUUGUAUGUGUGUUUGUCCCCUUUAUGUGGGUGUGUCUGGAGUGGAGCAGGGGGCGUGCUCAGGAUCUGCCUCUCCUGUGCAGCUGCGGACUCCAAGUGGAACAAUGUGGCACUUCAAGGAGCAUUUCUAAACGGUUUGAAUGAAGCCAUUAAGGAUGAACUGGCUGCUCGUGAUGAGCCACAUGAUUUACAUUCUCUCGUUUCCCUGUCCAUCAAGCUAGACAAUCGGUUGCGGGAGAGGCGUCGGGAGAGAGGCGAUCGGCCACAUCUAGGAGGACGAGUUCCCCAGCCUCCAACCACUCGAGUCUCGCCUCUCCGGAGUCGGCAGCUUCUUGUUCCUGAUUCCAUCCCGAGCACAGAGGAGGAACCUAUGCAAGUGGGUCGAGCUCGACUACCUCCAGCUGAGCGGCAACGGCGCCUCCAGGCGGGUGAGUGCCUGUACUGUGGAGACGCCACACACAUUCUGGCUACAUGCCCUAAGCGGCCAAAAGACAAGGCUCGCUCGUAACGGUGGGUCUACUUGCGAGCCCAGAGUUAGAUCCUGAACCCAUCAUUCCCCGAUUACAAGUACCUGUAACCUUACGUUUCCAGAGUCAUUCCCUGCCACUCUCAGCUCUCAUAGACUCAGGUGCAGAAGAUAACUUUAUUAGUCACCAGUUCGUUACACAAGCUCGUAUCCCCAUGGAGCCACUACCUACCCCCAUCCGGGUCACAGCCCUUGAUGGGCGCCUCCUCGCGGAGAUAACUCAUCAAACCACCCCCGUUUCCCUAGUGAUUUCUGGCAAUCAUUGUGAAAGCAUUCAGCUAAGAGUUAUGUCUGGCUCAGCUACCUCCCUAAUCCUUGGCUUCCCCUGGUUGGCUCUUCACAACCCACAAAUUGAUUGGACACGUCACACCAUUUUCAGUUGGAGCACUAACUGCCAUUCCGAGUGCCUGAGGUCAGCGGUUCCCCCCACUAAGUGUAACCCAACUCCUCCCUCAGCUCCUCUUGAUCUGUCAUCUGUCCCCAAAGAAUACCAUGACUUAGCGGAGGUUUUCAGUAAGGACAAGGCUCUGUCUCUACCACCACAUAGGCCUUAUGAUUGCCCUAUUGAACUGCUUCCUGGUGCUCCCUUGCCCUCUAGUCGGUUAUACAAUCUGUCCCGACCGGAAAGAGAGGCAAUGGAGCAGUACAUUGGUGAUUCUCUGGUCUCGGGCAUAAUCCGUCCCUCGUCGUCUCCUUUGGGUGCAGGUUUCUUUUUCGUGAAAAAGAAGGACAAGUCGUUACGCCCCUGUAUCGAUUUCAGGGGUUUAAACAACAUAACUGUUAAAAACAAGUAUCCCCUUCCACUCAUCAACUCAGCUUUUGAACCUCUGCAUGGCGCCACAGUGUUUUCCAAGCUCGACCUCAGGAAUGCUUAUCACCUUGUCCGAAUCCGAAAGGGAGAUGAGUGGAAAACCGCUUUCAACACUCCACUGGGACAUUUUGAGUAUUUGGUCAUGCCCUUUGGGCUUUCAAAUGCCCCUGCGGUUUUCCAAGCCAUGGUGAACGAUGUUCUUAGGGAUUUUUUGAACCGUUUUGUCUUUGUAUACCUGGAUGAUAUUCUUGUUUUUUCCAAGUCACCCGAGGAGCAUGAGUCACACGUCCGUCAAGUCCUUCAACGGCUCUUGGAGAACAAGCUGUACGUCAAAGCAGAGAAGUGUGAGUUCCACAAACAGUCUACAUCGUUCCUUGGAUUCAUAAUUGAGAGCGGGCAGGUGAAGGCGGACCCCGAGAAGAUCCGGGCAGUGACGGAAUGGCCCACACCCACCACCCGUAAGCAACUUCAACGAUUUUUGGGCUUUGCUAACUUCUACCGUAGAUUCAUUAAGGGUUUUAGUAGAGUGGUGGCACCCCUUACAAGACUCACAUCUCCUAAAGUCCCUUUUCGGUGGUCCCCUGAGGCGGAGCAGGCGGUAGGGGUUUUGAAGGAACUGUUUUCCACCUCCCCCGUGUUGAUACACCCCAAUACCUCUCUGCAGUUUGUUGUGGAGGUGGACGCGUCGGACUCAGGUGUGGGAGCAGUCCUCUCCCAGCGCUCCCCCACUGACCAAAGGCUUCACCCCUGUGCUUUCUUCUCCAAGAAAUUGUCACCCACAGAACGGAAUUACGACGUUGGAAACCGGGAACUGCUGGCGGUCAAGCUUGCACUGGAAGAAUGGCGGCACUGGCUGGAUGGAGCUGAAUUGCCGUUUGUGGUCUGGACUGACCACAAAAACUUGGCUUACAUCCAAGCCACUAAGAGACUCAACUCACGCCAAGCCAGAUGGGCCCUGUUUUUUAGUAGGUUUAACUUUAUUCUUACAUACAGACCGGGGUCAAGAAAUGUUAAACCAGAUGCUUUGUCCCGCCAGUUUGCUGACCCUUCGGAGACCAGCGAGCCUGAGGCAGUCCUGCCUUCCUCAUGCGUCGUGGCGGCUGUUCAGUGGGAGAUCGAGUCUCUUGUGAAGACUGCACUUGCCACGGACCCGGGACCGGGUGAUGGACCUCCCAACCUACUCUUUGUUCCCGAGACGGUCCGGUCUCAGGUGUUGCAGUGGAUUCACACCUCCCGUUUUGCUGGUCACCCUGGGAUGAGACGCACGUUGACGCUGCUUAGGAGACAUUUUUGGUGGCCUUCAAUGGAAACUGACGUUCGGGCUUUUGUGGCAGCCUGUUCAACCUGUGCUCGGGGCAAAGCCUCCCAUCAGUCCCCUUCGGGGCUGCUGCUACCCCUCCCAGUUCCCAGCCGUCCCUGGUCCCACAUUGCCAUGGAUUUUGUCACCGGCCUACCCAAGUCUGAAGGUAAUGAUACUAUACUUACCAUUGUGGACAGAUUCUCUAAAUCUGUCCACUAUAUAGCAUUACCAAAAUUACCGUCUGCCAGUGAGACAGCGGACCUCCUAGUCCAACAUGUAUUCCGUCCCCAUGGAAUACCUGUGGACAUCGUAUCUGAUAGAGGCCCACAGUUUACUUCCCGUGUUUGGAAGGGUUUCUGUUCUGCUUUGGGUGCUUCCGUUAGUCUGUCCUCAGGGUUUCAUCCCCAGACCAACGGUCAAACAGAAAGAGCCAAUCAAAACCUCGAAGCAACCCUUCGGUGUGUGGCUGCUCAACAUCCAUCAUCCUGGGCUAAACAUCUGCCCUGGAUAGAGUACGCCCACAACUCCCUCACCGCCUCUGCCACCGGUCUUUCACCCUUCGAGGUUACCAUGGGUUAUCAACCCCCUCUGUUUCCUGCUCAGGAGAAGGAAUUGGCUGUUCCUUCGGUUCAGGAGAACCUCCGCCGCUGCCAGAGAGUGUGGAGCGACGCUCGGGAAGCAUUGCUUCGGACCACCGACAGGAACAAGACAACAGCGGAUAGGAGCAGGACUCCCGCACCUGUGUUUCAUCCUGGUCAAGAGGUUUGGCUGUCAUCUAAGAACGUACCUCUUCGUACCAAAUCACGCAAGCUGUCUCCUCGGUACCUGGGUCCGUUUGUGGUGGAGUCCAUUAUUAACCCCGCUGCGGUUCGUUUGAAGUUGCCUUCAGCCAUGAAGAUACACCCUACCUUCCACGUCUCCCAACUGAAACCUGUGUCCUCCAGCCUUUUGUGUCCGCCGGCUGAUCCACCUCCACCUGUUCGCCUCAUUGACGACCAUCCGGCCUACACCGUCAGUAGGCUCCUGGACUCUCGGAGGCGGGGUAGGGGUCUCCAAUACCUAGUCGAUUGGGAAGGUUAUGGACCAGAGGAGAGGUCUUGGGUCCCUAAGCGUUUUGUGUUGGAUCCUCAGCUGAUCACGGACUUCCAUCACGACAACCCUGACAGGCCUGGUGGGUCGCCAGGUGGCGACCAUUGAGGGGGGGGUACUGUUAUGUGGGCAGCUUGUCUCUCCCUUUUCUGUUUCCCUUCCUCCUUGUUUUGUCCCCUCUUUUUCUGUUGUAUGUGUGUUUGUCCCCUUUAUGUGGGUGUGUCUGGAGUGGAGCAGGGGGCGUGCUCAGGAUCUGCCUCUCCUGUGCAGCUGCGGGUUGUUUCCAGUGAUUCCUGCCUACGCAGCUGCAUCCUAUUCUCUCAUCAACCUGCACUACUUAUUCCCGGGCAUGGCUCUCCACCGGCGCCAGAUCGUUGUUCUUACCAGAGCGGUAACUUGGCUCACCAGUAAAGUUAUUUUGUCUUUGUCUUCAGCCUGGCUCUCCACUCUCCUUAACCUGUCGUUUGUUUUGUCUUCAGUUCAGACAUACCUCCCAACCUGCCUGCCUUCCUGCCUGUCGGUCUGCCUGCCUGCCUGCCUGCCUGCCUGCCUCAGCCUCUCCUUCCUCCGGAGCCGACUAGCCCACUCUGUUCCUUUACUUCAGUUGUUUUUGGACUAAGACAAUUUGAACUUUUAUUAAAAUAUUUUUGUUUCUUCCACUCCCUUUGUCGUGUUGGUUUCUCUGAGUGCUGGGUUGAACCAUAGCCAUAACAGGGACAGAAAUAAAUUAUGUAUAUUAUGUUCUUACUAUAUUUACAAUGCAUUCGGAAAGUAUUCAGACCACUUAACUUUUCCCACAUUUUGUUACAUUACAGCCUUAUUCUGAAAUUGAUUAAAUAAAAAUGUUCCUCAUCAAUCUACACACAAUACCCCAUAAUGAUAAAGCGAAAACAGAUUUUUUGAAAUGUUUGCAAAUGUAAAUUCAGAACAGAAAUACCUUAUUAAUAUACACCUACUCAUUCAAGGGUUUUUCUUUAUUUUUACUAUUUUUUACAUUGUAGAAUAAUAGUGAAGACCUCAAAACUAUGAAAUAACACCCAAAAAGUGUUAAACAAAUCAAAAUAUAUUUUAUAUUGGAGAUUCUUCAAAUAGCCACCCUUUGCCUUGAUGACAGCUUUGCACACUCUUGGCAUUCUCUCAACCAGCUUCAUGAGGUAGUCACCUGGAAUGCAUUUUAAUUAACAGGUGUGCCUUCUUAAAAGUUAAUUUGUGGAAUUUAUUUCCUCCUUAAUGCGUUUGAGCCAAUCAGUUGUGUUGUGACAAGGUAGGGGGGGUAUACAGAAGAUAGCCCUAUUUGGUAAAAGACCAAGUCCAUAUUAUGGCAAGAACAGCUCAAAUAAGCAAAGAGAAACGACAGUCCAUCAUUACUUUAAGACAUGAAGGUCAGUCAAUACGGAACAUUUCAUGAACUUUGGAAGUUUCUUCAAGUGCAGACGCAAAAACCAUCAAGCGCUAUGAUGAAACUGGCUCUCAUGAAGACCUCUGCAGGAAAGGAAGACCCAGAGUUACCUCUGCUCCAGAGGAUAAGUUCAUUAGAGUUACCAGCCUCAGAAAUUGCAGCCCAAAUAAAUGCUCACAGAGUUCAAGUAACAGACACAUCUCAACAUCAACUCUUCAGAGGGGACUGUGUGAAUCAGGCCUUUAUGUUCGAAUUGCUGCAAAGAAAACACUACUAAAGGACACCGAUAAGAAAAAGAGCCCUGCUUGGGCCAAGAAACACGAGCAAUGGACAAUUUGAGAUUUUUGGUUCCAACUGCCGUGUCUUUGUGAGAUGCGGUGUGGGUGAACGGAUGAUCUCUGCAUGUGUAGUUCCCACCGUGAAGGAUGGAGGACGCGGUGUUAUGGUGUGGGAGUGCUUUGCUGGUGACACUGUCCGUGAUUUAUUUAGAAUUCAAGGCACACUUAACCAUCAUGGCUACCACAGCAUUCUGCAGCGAUACGCCAUCCCAUCUGGUUUGCGCUUAGUGUGACUAUCAUUUGUUUUUCAACAGGCCAAUGACCCAACACACCUCCAGGCUGUGUAAGGGCUAUUUGACCAAGAAGGAGAGUGAUGGAGUGCUGCAUCAGAUGACCUGGCCUCCACAAUCCCCUGACCUCAACCCAAUUGAGAUGGUUUGGGAUGAGUCGGACCGCAGAGUGAAGGAAAAGCAGCCAACAAGUGCUCAGCAUAUGUGGGAACUCCUUCAAGACUGUUGGAAAAUCAUUCCAGGUGAAGCUGGUUGAGAGAAUGCCAAGAGUGUGCAAAGCUGUCAUCAAGGCAAAGGGUGGCUAUUUGAAGAAUCUCAAAUCUAAAAUAUAUUUUGAUUUAUUUAACACUUUUUUUUGGUUACUACAUGAUUCCAUGCGUGUUAUUUCAUAGUUUUGAUGUCUUCACUAUUAUUCUACAAUGUAGAAAAUAGUAAAAAUAAAGAAAAACCCUUGAAUAAGUAGGUGUGUCCAAACUUUGACUGUAAGUAUUCAGACCCUUUGCUAGUUGCAUCCUGUUUCCAUUGAUAAUCCUUGAGGUGUUUCUACAACUUGAUUGGAGUCCACCUAUGGUAAAUUAAUUUGAUUGGACAUGAUUUGGAAAGGCACACGUCAGCAAAAACCAAUCCAUGAGGUCGAAGGAAUUGUCCGUAGAGCUCCAAGACAGGAUUGUGUCGAGGCAUAGAUCUGGGGAAGCGUACCAAAAUAUGUGUGCAGCAUUGAAGGUCCCAAAGAACAUUGUGGCCUCCAUCAUUCUUAAAUGGAAGAAGUUUGGAACCACCAAGGGAGGUGACCAAGAACCCGAUGGUCACUCUGACAGAGCUCCAUGGUUCCUCUGUGGAGAUGGGAUAACCUUUUCAGAACGAAAACCAUCUUUGCAGCACUCCACCAAUCAGACCUUUAUGGUAGAGUGGCCAGACGGAAACCACUCCUCAGUAAAAGGCACAUCACAACCCGCUUGGAGUUUGCCAAAAGGCACUUAAAGUACUCUGACCAUGAGAAACAAGAUUCUCUGGUCUGAUGAAACCAAGAUUGAACUCUUUGGCCUGAAUGCCAAGCAUCACGUAUGGAGGAAACCUGGCACCAUCCCUACGGUGAAGCAUGGUGGUGGCAUCAUCAUGCUGUCGGGAUGUUUUUUAGUGGCAGGGACUGGGAGACAGGGCAGGAUCGAGGGAAAUAUGAACAGAGCAAAGUACAGAGAGAUCCUUGAUGAAAAGCUGCUCCAGAGCACUCAGGACCACAGACUGGGGCUAAGGUUCAACUUCCAACAGGACAAUGACAGAUGUCCUGCCUCUGGGUAAAUUCACCCUGAACCGGAGUGUCUGUCCGCUCAACUCCUCAUACACAGAGCGACUCUAUCAGAUCAUCCAACAGAUGGUGCCUUGUGUGAGUUAAUAUAUUGUAUCAUGCUCCAUAUCAAAUCAAAACUGAGUUGACUUAUUUGAGAUUUGAUUUGAGGGGUAACAGCAUAUUUGGGUGCCACUUUAGUAAUUGAGAUGAAAAUUCUAUAGAACACUAAUAUGCAACUCUGGCCUGCAGGACAGUUUCUUCAUUGUCAUGACAAAAUUAAUUUUGCCCUCCACUUAAGGUCAGUAUUAGAUUUGUUUGUGACAAUACUGAAAUAAUGCAUACUUUGAAGAUAUCUAUACUGAACAAAAAUAUAAACGCAACAUGCAACAAUUUCAAAGAUUCAAAGUUAGUUAAUAUAAGGAAAUCAGUCAAUUGAAAUGGAUUAAUUAUGCCCUAAUCUAUGGAUUUCACAUGACUGGGCAGGGGUGUAGCGAUGGGUGGGCGUGGGAGGGGAGCCAGGCCCAGCCAAUCAGAAUGAGUUUUCCCCACAAAAGGGCUUUUUUACUAACAGAAAUACUCCUCAGCACCCCCCUCAGACGAUCCCACAGGUGAAGAAGCCGUAUGUGGAGGUCCUGGGCUGGCGUGGUUACACGUGGUCUGUGGUUUUGAGGCCGGUUGGAUGUACUGCUAAAUUCUCUAAAAUGACGUUGGAGGCAGCUUAUGGUAGAGAAAUUAACAUAAAAUCUCUGGCAACAGCUCUGGUGGACAUUUCCGCAGUUAGCAUGCCAAUUGCACACUCCCUCAACUUGAUACAUCUGUGGCAUUGUGUUGUGUGACAAAACUGCACAUUUUAAAGUGGCCUUUUAUUGUCUCCAGCAGAAGGUGCACCUGUGUAAUGAUCAUGCUGUUUAAUCAGCUUAUUGAAAUGCUCACUAACAGGGAUGUAAACAUAUUUUUUUCAAAACCCUCUAGAGAAAUAAGCUUUUUGUGCGUAUGGAACAUUUCUGGGAUUUUUUAUUUCAGCACAUGAAACAUGGGACCAACACUUUACAUGUUGCAUUUAUAUUUUUGUUCAGUGUAGGAUAGAGAUUAGGGAACCAUUGGGCUUGAGAGUAACAUUGGGUGUUCCAAAUCUGAGUGGAGAGGCUUUGGAGUUUGACAGUUUAAUUGAAUACAUAUCCCAUAGGGAAAUUAGGUUGGAAACAUGCAUACAUGGAAUGAAUAUAAUGUAUCGCACAACAUACAUCACAAGACUUGAUCGUACAGACAGUAUAUCAAAGUAUGUUAAAGUAACUGUGGUUACUGUUUUUCUUCUCUCCGGUAGUCUUACCGUCUCAGUAUGAACAGCCUGCAUCUGGUGCCGAAGAAGGACUACGUGGCCAACCGGCUGGUGAGUGGAGCCUUGCAGCUGGCCAGGAACACCUCCCUCUUCCUGGAUGAGACGCAGCUGGAGCAGGGUCAUCUAAACACCUCAGGGAACUACAGGACACAUUGGGGAGCAACUAGGGCCAGAGUUUGACCCUGAGCCACUAGGCCCAGAGACGAGGCCCUGCCCAGAAACAACCUCUAGCCCCAGGAUUUGAUAGGUGUACACAAUGGGGUCAUUGCUCCACCUUGCUCUCUGAUAGGCUUGGUGGAAUUUUAGACAUUGCUUAUACCUGUCUUAUUCGCUCAUAUCUCCAAGUGGGGGUAGGGACAAUGGGUGGUUUCUGGGCGGGCUGAAAGAUGUACAUUACUGUACUGCAGUGACUGGGAACUAGUUUAAGAUACCCACAGAAGUACCUUCAGCUUUUUGUAAAACAGCCAUGGUAUAUUCAUUAAUUUGGUGUACCAAUUGCGGUAGUGCAAUGUCAUUUAAUCCAUUGAAUAGCCAUGCGUUGUGGUAAUAUGUUAAUAGAAAUCUGUGUCCUGCUGUAGGUGUGCGGAACAUCACAGCUCUGGGGAACCUGAUCUCCUGGCAGAAGGUUGAUUAUGACUUCAACUACCACCAGAUGGAAUUCCCCUGCAAUAUUAACGUGCUCGUCACGUCAGAAGGCCGAUCGCUGCUGCCGGUGAGGACAGACAAAGAGGUCAAGAUUCACACCAGAGGGUGUAGGAGGGGUAGCCCCUGGGUGUGUGUGUCUGCCCGCCCUUGCAGGGGUUAGGUUUCAGCCAGGCUCUCAGGAGGCUGACACUUGUCAAACGCCGUGGGGUUGUUUCCAACCAGCGUCAUCAAUCUGCCCAUUGGUCACCACAGCCCCUAGCAGCGCCAUGGUAUGGCUUUAGAGCUUGGCUGCACUGUUGCAAAUGGCCUAAGGAAUGCACUUUGUUAUUUGUGUGUGUUGGUCUAAUGGAGUUGACAUGGCUGCAGCUGUGCCACAGGGACAAUCCUGGCCAGAGGUGUCGGGAUAGGGCCGUCUUAUCAGGCCACACCAACAUUUGUAUUACACAGUUAAACUCGGUAUCAUAGUUUCCACCAGGUGAGCCAGUGCUUACCAGAGAGGUUUGAAAUCAAGCCACUCAAAAAGACAACUUCUUGCAAGUACCUCAACAUAUUUGCCACUCAUGUGCUGUGUAUUUCUAAUGCAAUCUCUCCUACCAUCCUCCUCCCCUCCCACAGUCGGACUGCCAGGUGCCCCUACAGCCCCAGGUGACCCCACCCAACAUGGAGGAGUACCUCACUACCAUCCACAUGGCACAGCUGACAUCACAAUUAAACAAGUUCCGGGUAUACCUGAGUGUGCCGCAAACCCUCGACUACAGCAUCUCUGAUGAGGUCACCAAGAUAAAGGCUGCUUUGGAUUGUCUGCUUUCCAAACCUGGCCAUUGUUAUGAACCUAGAUGCCGUGCUGAAAGCAAUAUUGAAUAGUUAAAACAAACACCUUGAUUGAGCUUAAAUCGUGGUAAGGUAUCGGGUUUCAAAACCUGUAAUGGUUAGUGUCCACGCCCUCUAUUUUCUAAAGAAACUGUACAUGUGCCUAUUUUUGUUGAUUCUUAUUCAGUUGCCUUGUUAUUGUGUUCCACAGGCAGUUGAGGAUUACUUUGUUGACAUGCGCAAAUAUGACCCCCAGUGCGUCACCGCAGAGGACCUGCAUAGGAUAGUUGUUGUCGCAAGGUGUGUAAAAGUUAUGUGAAAUGUAUUGAGCCAUAUUUGUCCAGACGUUUGAAUUCCGCAUAACAUCUGUUCUCAAGUUAAGCAGUCAUUUUGUGUAGCUAACUGGCAUAACGUUUGUCCCAAGGUUCCUCUCCUUAAGUUUGGGACAGGCCACCCUUAUGGAUGGAUGAGAGCCAAGCACAUAGACAUGCUUCGCAGGAGCAGGACUGAACAACAGAAUAGUCUCAAUAGCAACGAGCCUUAAACACCAACACCUGCCCGGUAUGGGAAUAAAAAGAUUGUGGAACAAAUAUUUUUCAUUUUGAUACCAGAAGAGCUAGUUCUUGAAAAGUUCAACUUAAUAAAAGGUAUGUAACAAAAUAGUUAGUUCUCUUUGUAAAGCACUGGGAUUUUCUCAUUUUUUGCAUCUGUGUUGGGAGAUCAGGAUAAGCUUUUUAUUAAUUGUCAUAUUUGCAAUUUCUUGAUACAAUACAAAUCCUGGCAAAAAAAGUAGCAGGACUAAUUGUACUGUGGGAUGUUCCUCAGUGCUUUGUAGAUAUAGUUUGCUGCCUUAACCUGCAUUGAAAUACUGUUUACAUGUGGGAUUCCCGUCCUGGGAAGUUUGAACUAAUACAAAAUAAUUUGCAAAGCUUAUGAUUACUUUUCUUCCCUUACUCGAGACCAAAUUUUCUAGUUUUUAUAACAUGUUGUGGAUCUGGUAUUCAAAGUAUAUGUAAAUAGUGCAUUUUGAGAUCAGCAUUUAUAUAAUACAUUUGUCCUCCUUGUAUGCCUGAUAAAGUUCUUAGGAGUCAGUACAUUGAUCAUGAUUUGAUGAAUGUUCUUCCCAAAAUGUCAAGAAAUUAAUUUAUUGCUUAUGGGAUAAGUUUGUGAAUGAGAAUUGAAAGGUUUUCUGCACUCGUUUUGUACUCUUAUUAAAAUAUGGUCAGCUUGACAUUUACUUUUGGCAUCUGGGCUACUAUUUUAUUAAAGGCCCAGUGCAGUCAAGUGAUUUUUUUUUCUCCUGAUUUAUUUAUAUAUUUCAGUGUGUUUAUAUAUAUAUAUUAAUACAACGGGUGGGUCUAAUCCUGAAUGCUGAUUGGUUAAAACCGCAUUCCAGCCGGUGUCUAUUCCACAAGUUACCACCAGCUAAAUCUAUGACGUUAAAAUGCCUAUUUACUCAGUUCCAUCUGACUGCGCAAUCCAUUGUCUUAUCAACCCAGUCAGGCGCUUUACAAACUCCACUAUAAAAAGCAUCUAGGUAUUAUCUCACGUUUCUUUUAGACUAACAUUUAGUUUUCAACAGUGGAGAUUUGUAUAAACCUUGCUGUCUGUCUCUGACAUUUGCAACAUUGUUUCAAUAUUCAAAUUCGAUAUCCUGCUGUCCCUGUGUUGUUGGCUAGCUCCUCUGAACAACAGUGUCCUGACGAGUGAGCACAUUAUCUAUGCCAGGCGAAAUCACGCCUCAUUAGCUCAUUAUUAACGAGAAAUCUACUUGGCUAUUAUUCUGGCUGAACUUUUUGACGUGACUAAGGUAGCCGUAGUUGGCUAGCUAGCAAGCAGGGGAUAAGAACGUUGCCAGCCAGCAUGGCAAUGGAACAUUUAGAACGAACGACAAGGUCACGUCUAUAGAUACAGAACAAAAAUACUGAACGACUGGGUCGUGUCUCUAGCAACCCUAGAUUUGUGUCGGGACUAUAUCUUGUGGAAGGAUGAAAUGGUAUGAAUAAAUUAAAACGGUUUGCCUGCCCUCCCAGGGCCUAACAACAUCUGUGCCAAUAUAUCCAACAAACACCGGCUUCGAGGGCAUUAUCACUUUUAUACAACGGGUUACCAACAUAUUCAAAUAAUGAUUUGACAUAUUUUCAUUAAAACGUUAUUUUGAUUAAUUUAUUAUAAAUAUAUAUAUAUAUAUAUAUAUAUAUAUAUAUAUAUAUAUAUAUAUAUAUAUAUACACACACACACACACACACACACACACUGAAGAAAAAUAUUAACGCAACAUGUAAAGUUGCUUUCAUGAGCUGAAAUAAAAGUUCCCAGAAAUGUUCCAUACACACAAAGCUUCUCUCAAAUUUUGUGCACAAAUUUGUUUACAUCCCUGUUAUUGAGCAUUUCUCCUUUGCCAAGAUAAUCCAUCCACUUCACAGGUGUGGCAUAUCAAGAAGCUGAUUAAACAGUAUGAUCAUUACACAGGUACAGCUUGUGCUGGGGACAAUAGAAGGCCACUAAAAUGUCCAGUUUUGUGUCACAAUGCCGCAGAUGUCUCAAGUUGAGGGAGCAUUCAAUUAGCAUGCUGACUGCAAGAAUGUCUACCAGCUAAUUUAAUUUCUCUACCAUAUGCCACCUCCAACGUCAUUUUAGAGAAUUUGGCAGUACGUCCAACCAGCCUCACAACCACAGACCACAUGUAACCAUGCCAGCCCAGGACCUCCACAUCCGGCUUCUUCACCUGCCGGAUCAUCUGACACCAGCCACCUGGACAGCUGAUGAAACUGUGGGUUUGCACAACCGAAUAAUUUCUGCACAAACCGUCAGAAACCAUCUCAGGGAAGCUCAUCUGCAUGCUCGUCGUCCUCACCAGGGUCUUGACCUGACUGCAGUUCGGCGUCGUAACCGACUUCAGUGGGCAAGUGCUCACCUUCGAUGGCCACUGGCACGCUGGAGAAGCAGGUGGCAGACAGUGUGUAUGGCAUCGUGUGGGCAAGCGGUUUGCUGAUGUCAACAUUGUGAACAGAGUGCCCCUUUUAUGGUAUGGGCAGGCAUAAGCUACAGACAAUGAUCACAAUUGCAUUUUUUCGAUGGUAAUUUGAACGCAAAGACAUACCGAGACGAGCUCCUGCGGCCCAUUGUCGUGCCAUUCAUCUGCCGCCAUCACCUCAUGUUUCAGCAUGAUAAUGCAUGGCCCCAUGUCGCAAGGAUCUGUACACAAUUCCUGGAAGCUGAAAAUGUCCCAGUUCUUCCAUGGCCUGCACACUCAGACAUGUCACCCGUUGAGCAUGUUUGGGACACUCUGGAUCGACGUGUACGAUCCAGAGCGUCCCCGCUUGGUCGUGCUGCUGCUCCAGUUUCAACUCUUCUGCCUGCGGCUAUGGAACCCUGACCUGUUCACCAGACAUGCUACCUUGUCCCAGACCUGCUGUUUUCAACUCUCUCUCUACCGCACCUGCUAUUUCAACCUCUAAAUGCCCAGCUAUGAAAAGCCAAGUGACAUUUACUCCUGAUGUACUGACCUGUUGCAACCUCUACAACCACUGUGAUUAUUAUUUGACCCUGCUGGUCAUCUAUGAACGUUUUAACAUCUUGGAGAAAAAUCUGGCCUUAAUGGCCAUGUACUGUUAUAAUCUCCACCCGGCAGAGCCAGAAGGGGACUGGCCAUCCCUCAGAGCCUGGUUCCUCUCUAGGUUUCUUCCUAGGUUUCUGCCUUUCUAGGGAGUUUUUCCUAGCCACCGUGCUUCUACAUCUGUAUUGCUUGCUGUUUGGGGUUUUAGGCUGGGUUUCUGUAUAGCAGUUUGUGACAUCUGCUGAUGUAAAAAGGGCUUUAUAAAUACAUUUCAUUGAUUGAAUUUGAUUGACUAAUUUCCUUAUAUGAACUAACUCAGUAAAAUCUUAAUUUGUUGCGUUUUAUUUUUGUUCAGGGUAUAUUUCCACGCAAGGAAGAGAGGCAUGCAUGAGAAUUACUAGAGGCCGGGUGAGAUAAAAACGGCUGCAUUGGACCUUUAAGGGACACUCUGGAUUAGGUCCCAAAUGCAUAUCCAAUAUAAUAUUACACAAUUAAAAAGAGCUGGGUGAAAAUGUUCAUGCUUCAACUCAUUAAACAGAUGAAGAACAGUUGGACAUGUAAAAUAAUUGUCAAUAUACAGUACCAGUCAAAAGUUUGGACACACCUACUCAUUCAAGGGUUUUUCUUUAUUUGUACUAUUCUUCAAUAUUUUUUUUACAUUGUAGAAUAAUAGUGGAGACUAUGAAAUAACACAUAUGGAAUCAUGUAGUAACCAAAAAAAAGUGUUAAAUAAAUCAAAAUAUAUUUUAUAUUUGAGAUUCUUCAAAUAGCCACCCUUUGCCUUGAUGACAGCUUUGCACACUCUUGGCAUUCUCUCAACCAGCUUCACCUGGAAUGAUUUUCCAACAGUCUUUAAGGAGUUCCCACAUAUGCUGAACACUUGUUGGCUGCUUUUCCUUCACUCUGCGGUCCGACUCAUCCCAAACCAUCUCAAUUUGGUUGAGGUCGGGGGAUUGUGGAGGCCAGGUCAUCUGAUGCAGCACUCCAUCACUCUCCUUCUUGGUCAAAUAGCCCUUACACAGCCUGGAGGUGUGUUGGGUCAUUGUCCUGUUGAAAAACAAAUGAUAGUCCGACUAAGCCCAAACAGAUGGGAUGGCGUAUCGCUGCAGAAUGCUGUGGUAGCCAUGCUGGUUAAGUGUGCCUUGAAUUCUAAAUAAAUCACAGUGUCACCAGCAAAGCACCCCCACACCAUAACACCUCCUCCUCCAUGCUUUAAGGUGGGAAAUAUACAUGCAGAGAUCAUCCGUUCAACCACACCGCAUCUCACAAAGACACGGCGGUUGGAACCAAAAAUCUCAAAUUUGGACUCCAGACCAAAGGACACAUUUCCACCGGUCUAAUGUCCAUUGCUCGUGUUUCUUGGCCCAAGCAGGUCUCUUCUUAUUAUUAGUGUCCUUUAGUAGUGGUUUCUUUGCUGCAAUUCGACCAUGAAGGCCUGAUUCACACAGUCCCCUCUGAACAAUUCAUGUUGAGAUGUGUCUGUGACUUGAACUCUGUGAAGCAUUUAUUUGGGCUGCAAUUUCUGAGGCUGGUAACUCUAAUAAACGUAUCCUCUGCAGCAGAGGUAACUGUGGUGGUCCUCAUGAGAGCCAGUUUUAUCAUAGCGCUUGUUGGUUUUUACAACUGCACUUGAAGAAACGUUCAAAGUUAAACCCUUGAAUGAGUAGGUGUGUCCAAACUUUUGACUGGUAGUUUAUGUCUGCAGAUCUUUAAUUUACUGAAAUUCUUUGAGUGUGUAGCUACAGUAUAUUUUUCAUAGACCCAGGAAAAAGGACUUCUACGGUAGAAACAAGAAUAAAUAUAUUUUAAUGUUAAAUGAAAUUUGAGUACAACAUAAGAAAAUGACAAGUCAGUUGUUUAAGAGAGGUGAAGUACAACCACAGACAUGGGAUUAUAGCUGGAAAAUGUGCUUAAAUGCUGUGCAAUCAUGUGUUGAGUCUAGUCACUCACAAUGACGAAAAUGUAACUUCGUAACCCCGGUUCUAUGAUAAUAUGACUGAGAUGUCUCACAAUUGGUAUUCGCUCAGGCAGAUUCUCUAAUGCAGGGUUUCCCAAGCUCGGUCCUGGGCCCCACCUGGGUGCACGUUUUGGUUUUUGCCAAAAUGAUCCCAUGUUCCAUGAGCUGAAAUAAAAGAUCCCAGAAACCAAUACGCACAAAAAGCUUAUUCAUUAACAUUUUGUGCACAAAUUUGUUUACAUCCCUGUUAGUGAGCAUUUCUCCUUAGCCAAGAUAAUCCAUCCACCUGACAGGUAUGGCAUAUCAAGAAGCUGAUUAAACAGCACGAGGCCUAUGCCCUCCCAGGCCCACCAAUGGCUGCGCCCCUGCCCAGUCAUGUGAAAUCCAUAGAUUAGGGCCUAAUACAUUUUUAAAUUGACUGAUUUCCUUAUAUGAACUUUAACUCUGUAGAAUUGUUGCAUGUUGUGUUUAUAUUUCUGUUCAGUAUAGAUGUGCAAAGCGCGUACUGGACACAAAUUGUGGAGACGCUCUUCCGUAGAAGUGAAGGGCAACGGGUGGAAAGCCAUAAGCUCCAAGACUAGACAAUUGUAAUUGCCGCUGACCUUAGGCAUGAAAGCGGGGUUGGGUGACAGUGUUACCUUGGAUAACCCUGGGGCAAACUGUAGGCAUUAAUGUUGACCUGACAGUGCAUGCAGCUCACUCACUCGUUUUGCCCAAUGCUAGGGCAAUCAGAAAAGCGGUUUUGAAGGAGAGAUAUUUCAUCUCCACACUUUCCAGCAGCUGCUGGGAAAGGCUGCUGGGAAAUUGCUUCAAGCACAAUAGAAAAGUCCCAAGACUGAGUUAAAGGCUUGGAGAUGGCGUAAACAACGCACUCUCUUCAUAAAACAUAACAGAGGGCAUUUCCCUACUGUGUGGUUGUCAAAGUCUAUAUGACAGGCAGAGAUAACGGCUAAAUAGACCUCAACAGUGGAUAAUGCCUUCCCUCUGUCUAAACAUUCCUGCAAGAAGCAUAAAACCUUGGAUACAGAGCAUUGGUAAGGAAUUAUCUGUUUCUGGUCACACCACUUCUCAAAUAUGCACCACUUGUUCCCAUACAGUGAGCAUGUAGAAGAGGCCCUUACACUCUAGAUAGUCUCAAUGAGUCCGAGAGGCAAGCCUGUCGCAUUAAGAUUCAUCCUCUCACGGGCCAAGCCCAGAGGAUCAUGGUUUUCCGGGUGAAGGUGGCAAAAUCGCUCCGUUCGCUUGGGUCAGUAGAUAGAUUCCUUGCGUAAUGGUAGCUGCAGGGCUCGUCGUAAAGCAGGAGAGUGAUCUCUGCUACCCAAAGCUUUCCUGGCCAUCGAGGGGUUAUCACUCUGUUCAGAGGGGGGAGGAUCAAGCAUUGCAGAGGAAAGCAUAGAGUAACACUCUUGGCCAAGGGAUAACGGACAGGGCGUGUCUUUCUGCGAUGUGAAGUGAUCUACGGUAAAUCUCUGAAAAACAGAAAGGAAAACGCUGCACACUGCUGCUCAUGCUCCCAGGUGAUAUUUAUAACAAUGUUUCGGUCUUAAAUCAGGCAUCCAUUUUACAUUUACAUUUUAGAUAUCCCAGGUUGGGGUGGAAGUCCUAUAUAUAGGGGCAGUACUCAGUGACAUCACUUCCUGAAACAGGAGGUAAAAAAUGUAUAACAUAGAUUGAAUGUUAAUAUUGUGAAUCUAUCAAAAUAUAUGAUCAUAUACAAGGAAUGUGAUCAAUAUUUACAGUAAUAUUCAUACAAUGUUCAAUUAGGAUUUUAAAAAAAUAUGAUUGAAACUAUAAAAACGGUUUCAACUCAAACUCCUCGUUAAGGCCAAGAGUAGAUUGUGUGUUGAGCCUGUGGAUCCAGAAAGAUUCCCUUUGAAGAAGCUUCCUCUCAAUGUCCCCUCCCCUGCGUGACAUCUUGACCAUUUAUAUUCCAAUGUAUCUCAGAGAACUAACAGGAUGUCCAGCUUGUACAAAAUGAACAGCAACCAGAUUUUUUGUCUCACCUGUCCGUAUAUUGCAGCAGUGCUCUGGGACACCCAUAAUGGGGAUUCCCUCUGGACAACAAGUCUGCUCCCACAUUCAGUACACACGGGACAUGAGUCGUGCGUAAUGAGAGGAGAUGUGCACUGCUCCACAGAAUAAUCUUGGCAGUCUAUGCCACCAGUAAUAUUGUCUGUUCUGUCCAGGAUGUGACAAUUUCAAAUGAAACACUCAGCAGAGGUAAUUUAUAUGAGCGUGGCGGAGCUGUGGAGACCACAGUCCGUUUAUUGCUCUUCCCUCGUGAACUGCGCCCCAUCCUGUGACUGACGCAUCUGUCGUCACCUCCUUCCUCGAUGACACUAGCCCUAAGGGAGUGCCUGAAACUAAGAUCGAGGGAUCUUCCAGUGACGGAGAGCCGAAAGACAGUCCGUAGUCACCAUCUUUCGACCGACGUGGACACAGGCGAUGGGCAGUUUUUACCCAACGCUGGAAGUCUCAUUCUCAGUAGUCCUAGUGGUACUACUGAGGUGGACGCCAUCAACCCCAGCACUCGGAGACACGUUUGUAGCCCGAUUAGAGAGAAUCCAGCUUGACGCUUAGGUAUUCUAUUCUCUGUGUGGGCAGCAAACAGCUCUUUUUCUGGUUGAUCUUGAACCCUAGCUCGGUGAAGUGGUAUACAAGAGAAGCCGUGACUAGUACCACCUGCUUCUGUGUAGGGGAGAAAAGCAGGUAAUCGUCUAUGUAAGCGGAUACUUUUAGCCCCUCCCCACACUUGAACGUUCGGGGAGCCAACGCUAGCCCGAAGCGAACAGCGAGGUAUUCGUAGGCUUUGCCUUGAAAGGCGAACAUGAGAAACGUCCUGUGUGUCGGCAGAAUAUUUACGUGAAAAUAAGCAUCCUGUGGCGGCCUAGCAGUUAGGGCCGCUGCCGUGGGUUCGAAUCCGGUACAAACAUCUCUCCAAUCUUUGGUGUCUUCCUCUCCCGGUCUCUAUCCCUAUCUCUAUCUUUAAAAAAUUAUUAAAAGCGCCCUGCAGGUUGACUGAAGUGAACCAGUCGCCACAACAAACAGAGCGAGAUAGCACGUUGAGAGUAAGCAUACAGAACAUGUACGUUCUAAGAAAUCUGUUGAGGAUCCGUAGAUCCAGAAUGGGGUGGGCAUGGACUGUGCAUGCGAGCCAGUUCCCUGCUCUUGCGGCGAGUUGCUCACAAGUCAGAUGAUUCUUGCUCACCAGUGGUGCCCUAUGGUGGCGUUAGAGCGAGUUGUUUGUUGUAUUUUUGCUCUGUGCCCUCUGCAAGACACUUGAAUGCGACAGAGACUUUUUUAUUACAAAGGGCAGUGUUAAAACACUGGGAUUUGGGGACCGUGCAUGGUGAUGACUGAACAUUUGUCUUCCUGCCUCUGCUGCUUGUGAAAGCGUUGAGGGGAGAGCUGUGGAAUGGCAAUUGAUGGUCCCUGUGAGCAGAUGCAUAGAAGUGCACCGCUGCACGAGUGGUAGGGUUUUAGGAGUACAGAUGUGAUAGUGAUCUGUUGGCUGCCUCUACCGCCGGGGACAUACCCCUAGGUCAGACGCCCCUCCUUCGCUCCAGAGUAGUCAGGUGGGCGGGGCCUCCAUGUGGUCGCAGCGAAGGACCGCUUCCCCCACUGUCGGCCUCUGGGAAAGCCGAAAUGUGGGUUCGCAGCCUACUGCGUAGCUGGGGGUUUUGCGUAGCAGGGGCAGCAGGCUCAGUAGCUCUGCUGUGAUUGGUUCUUCCAUUAGAGAAUCCGCCUGAGAGAAUGCCCAUUGUGAGAUAUUAAAACAAUAUAUUUGAAAUAGAACUGUACUUCGUCUAUGGGCAGGAUCCUUACUGGUAGAUGUCUGGUAAGUGAAGUCAACCAUUGAUGACAAAUGAAAGGUAUUUCAAAAGCACUUGGUGUUUAAAAAAAACUCCCAUCUGGCAAAUAUAAGGACAAUGCACAUUGCAUAUGAACAAAACAAAAAAUACCCGCUCCUAACAUUAAAACCCCAUCUCAAAGGAAUGUUUACACUUUAAAAGAAUGUUUUUACAAAUCGGUACCUAAUUCAGGUAAGAACGGUUUCUGCUCCGAUUUAAGAACUGCUCCAGUCCAGUGCAUUCAUUCCUAAAUACAAUAACACCACAAAUACAACCCGUAACCCUGCUUAAAGCCUUAUAUUCCUAUUUCAUUGCAGCUGUCAUAUUAAAAGCUUUGGCAGUGCCAGACAAUAUCAGCAGGCUACUAGGCAAUCAUUCAGCAUCCACAUUUCCGAGGACAGACAACAGUUUCUUGGUUUUCUGAUCCAACAGAUGCAUAUCUGUAUGAAAAUGUAUGCACUCACUAACUGUAUGUCGCUCUGGAUAAGAGCGUCUGCUAAAUGACUAAAAUGUAAAUGUAAAUAUCUGUAUUCCCAGUCACGUGAAAGCCAUAGAUUAGGGCCUAAUGAAUUUAUUUCAAUUGACUGAUUUCCUUAUACGAACUGUAACUCAGUAAAAUCUUUGAAAUUGUUGCAUGUUGCUUUAUACACGACAUGGCCAAAUGUGGACACCUGCUCGAUUAUCUCAUUCCAAAAUCAUGGGCAUUAAUAUGGAAUUAGUCCCCCCUUUGCUGCUAUAACAGCCUCCACUCUUCUGGGAAGGCUAUCCACUAGAUGUUGGAUGUUGCUGCGGGGACUUGUAGCAAUGAGCAUUAGCCACAAGAGCAUUAGUGAGGUCGGACACUGAUGUUGGGCGAUUAAGCCUGGCUCACAGUCGGCGUUCCAAUUCAUCCCAAAGGUGUUCGAUGGGGUUGAGGUCAGGGCUCUGUGCAGGCCAGUCAAGUUCUUCCACACCAAUCUCGACAAACCAUUUCUGUAUGGACCUCGCUUUGUGCACGGGGGCAUUGUCAUGCUGAAACAGGAAAGGGCCUUCCCCAAACUCUUGCCACAAAGUUGGAAGCACAGAAUCGUAGAGAAUGUCAUUGUAUGCUGUUAAGAUUUCCCGUCACUGGAACUAAGGAGCCUGAACCAUGAAAAACAGCCCCAGACCAUUAUUCCUCCUUCACCAAACUUUACAGUUGGCACUAUGCAUUUGGGCAGGUAGCGUUCUCCUGGCAUCCGCCAAACCCAGAUUUGUCCAUUGGACUGCCAGAUGGUGAAGCGUGAUUCAUCACUCCAGAUAAUGCUUUUCAACUUUACAGUUGGUGCCUGGGAUGUUUUUCUGCACAUCAAUUGUUACACAAUCUCCAGUCUUCCACAGGACUGGUAAUGCAAUAUUAUUUUACACAAACAUACACACAAAUGGAGCUCAUAUCCUGAGCAUUGAACACCAUUUAAAAACAUGUAGGCCAGAGGAUGGAAUAUCCCAAGAUAAAGCUGACGUUACCCUGAACAGGAUUUAAUAUACAGUACCAAGAUCAAACAAAUUAUGCAACAUCAUGAUGGAAUAAACUUAAAUCUAAAGGUAGAUUUGCCAUAAAUACCUGAUAUACACAAUCUCCCACUUUCAUGUCAUGUUAAGGCUUACACUUUAGAGUGCAUAAAGCAUUGAACAGUGUGUUUUUAUAACCUUUAUGCUACUGUACAGUAUUUGUCAAACGUGACGGACUUAGGGCUUCAUAGACCUAAUGCAGACAUUUCUAUGAAAAUUCAAUUCAAUCCUAUCAAUCCCCCAAUGCUUACGGAAUCUCACCAAAAUGAUUUUGGUAAGCUGUCAGUUAAGUGAAUAUUUGGUAUUCUCAAAGAAAAAUGCUCAAACCCCUUCGGAAAUGUUCAGCAGCAGUGCAUCUUACUCUAGCAUCAACAUGAUCAAAAGCCAAAGUGUACGGAGAUAUAGUUCUAUGUCCAUAAAUAUAUGUUGGUCAAUGAAAAGGUUAUAAUUUAGGGAACAGAUAUACAUACAGUAAAAUACUUACAUAUCAAACAGUAUACUCUUACCGGAGUUCUUGUACGUUGAUUAAGUCCUAUAUUGGUAAAUGUCCUAUAUAGGUAGGGAAUAAACUCGACAACAGUAACCAGGUUUCCAUCUAACCUUUUUAUGCGAGUAAAGUACGUGGGAUAAAAUAAUUCACGACAGGCCUGAUGGAAACGGCCAACAGCCAAAUGUCAACAAAACAAAAUACGCUAGACAAGGUGGGAUCUUUUUGUGUCAGUAAAAUUAAUUAUGCGCAAAUAUUGAUAUAAUAACCAUCAUAUCGAACUUGGGAGUCACACGAUAACGUGUGGUCCACCCACUACGACUCGGGAAAGCAUGGAGUUUAUUACGCUACAGAUGAAAUAAGUUAUGAGGAACUUCAAAGGGUGGAGAAAGUGCAUGAGCUUGAGGCUGUUUUCCAAUAAAGGGUCUUAUUCUGGUGACAUUUAGAUCGAUGCUUGGCUGCCAUUUGACAAAGGUUAUCUCACUCUUUUGUCCAUAAUAGGAAUUUCAUCAUGUAGGUAGCCUCCCACACUGUAUCUGCAAGCUUUUGGCUAGAGAGCACAUGCAAAGACCAGAGUGGGCACAUACAUUAGAGUGGGGUCCGAAAUUAUUGACACCCUUGAUAAAGAUGAGCAAUAAUGUCUGUAUAAAAUAAAUAAUUCAAAUACUGAGCUAUAUUCUUUUCUAUAUAUAUAUAUAUUUUUUUUUGUAAAAAUUGGGAAAUCAUUAUUGUUUAACAAGUCUUUAAAAAAAAUUAUCCAAAAGUUAGGGGUCAAACUUAUUGUAUUUGGUCCCAUAUUCCUAGCACGCAAUGACUACAUCAAGCAUGUGACUCAAACUUGUUGGGGGGUAUGAUCUUCGACCCUCUGUAACUUUCUCACUCAUUAUUCACGAUUCAUUUCAGGAUUAUCCGUAAUCAUGGUAGCAUAGAAGUGAUGUAUAGAAGUGUUUAGAAACAUGUUCUAUUCUUACUUACAAUAAAAGUGACUCCAAAAUGACACAAUACAUUAUUUGCCAUUCAUUUCUAUUGGGCACAAAUAAUAUGGGACCAAAUACUAAACUUUUGACUACUUUAUUUUUUUGCGCAUACAUUAUAGCUCAGUAUUUGAAUUAUUUAUUUCAUACAGUCAUUGCUCAUCUUUAUCAAAACUGUCAAUAAUUUCGGAACCCACUGUAUAUAACGCAACAUUUUUUGUGACAAAACGAUCAGUGGAGUUGAAAAUGCGAUGGAAACCUAUUUUUUAUUUGGAACAUGGGAAUUUAACUGCAAAAGUUAUUUUGAUGUGCACUACGUCAUCAUGCACAGCAUUUUAUCCACAACAAUUUGAUGGAAACAUCUCUGGUGGGAAAACUAGAAUAUUGUUUUUAUGCAGAUUUUAGAAUAUUUGCAUGAAAAUCUGGCGCCAAUUGGAUGGAAACCUAGCUACUGAUCCCCAUUUAUCUAGGAGUUUGUUUUCUUACUAGCCUAGGGUAGGUCUAAUAUCUAACAUUGAGCUGCCCUUUGAAAAUCAAUAGGGACAUUUGGUCGGACACUUCUACCAAUGUUUUUGAAACACAGCUAUAAACGAGGCCUAUAUCACAAAUGCCAAUGCACUGCACCUAUUGAAUCACAAAAGUGAUCAAUUCAGAGCUCGUCUCUCAACAUUCACUGGAUAUUGCCUACCUUAUCUAAUUCAGUUAUUAACAAUAGCCUGACAUGCAAAUGUAGCUGGAAAAUCAAUUGAAAGGAAUGCUUACAUCUUUUUGUCGCGCAAAACACGUCAGCGAAGGUACUAUGCUACGUACAGAGUACAGACCCACUUGCAUACUCAACCAACAGGUUUUGUACAAUACGUUGAAAUAUGUAGAGUUUCCCUGUAUUUGGUUUUGGAAACUGAAGUGAGCUGUAGCCUAUUGCCUUUUUCUGUUUAUGAGUCUUAUUAAAGAAUGUGAAACAAUGUUGUGUCUGUUUGCUGCUUUUCAUUAAAUCAUGUUCUUUAGGCUAUGGCGUAAAAUAAAUUAGUUAAUAUGGGCAGAAUAUAACGCUUUGCGGUAGUGCUUCGGAAAGGAAUUGCAUUAGGAUUAAGUAAGCCGUGUAUUGAGCUGGGGUAUUAUAUACUACACAACACUGGCUGUAAACAUGGUCAGGUCAACUACAAAGGGAAUUGAAGAGCAGGGUUCUUAGUCAAGUCAGUGUGGGCCCCUUCUUGUGCAAGCUUAUGCUACUGCUAGCUACUGUACUGGAAGUCACAGAUACUAUACUACUAACUGUACAAAACCCUGCUUAGAGGCUACAACUUUAGAAGUGCUAGAUCUGUAUGAUCCUCGUCUGGCACUGUGUAAACAUUGCCUUCAGCUCGUUCUCUUGAGUCUCAUUGAGACCGGCCAUUUCUGGCUCUGGGCUCUUCUGCACCUUUGCCACGGCAAAGUUGAUGCCUUGGGUAAGUCCGGCCUGGGUCAAGCUGGCCACCUGCACCAUGGAGCUCUUGAUCUUGGCAAAGGGAGAGACCACUCGGGUGCCAUUGCCGUCGGCGGGCAAGGGGCCCAGGCUGCCCUCCAUGUGAGAGCCGCCAGAAGCUGCCGAGCUGAGCUUCUGGGCAGUCAGGAGAUUGGGUCUGGAGGCAACAUCUAG